ACGAAACAGAGAAAAUAUUUGUGUCUCUCUUUCUCAACCUUCGGUCCUUCUUAUUCGUAGUUUUUGUUAGUUCGUUACCUGUAAAACCCUAGAUUUUUUUUGUUGUUUUUGUUUUGGAUCCCUUGUUACGUUUCUCUGUAACGCCUUAGCAGGGGCUGUUGUAGUUUCGUCGUCGUUGUUAUUGUUCUGGUUUCUAGGGUUUCCCUUUUUUUAGGGUUUCAAUGGUCUGAGCUUGCAGUGGAGCUCGAAGCUUCGAGGAUCUGGGACGGGAAGAAAUGGCGUCCUCGGAGAGAGAGCUCGAAGAACAGCUGAAGGAAGCUGGGAAGAGACUCGUUCAUCCUCCUACUAAUGUCAAUGAACUCCUCUCUCUUCUUGACCAAGUUGAGAAUUGCCUAUCAAGGGUAGAACAGUCACCAUCAGAGUCAAUGCAAAAUGCACUUUGCCCCUCAAUGAAGGCACUGAUUGCUGAUGAUCUUCUGAGGCAUUCAGAUACUGAUGUCAAAGUCGCAGUCUCAUCUUGCAUUAGUGAGAUCACGAGAAUAACAGCACCGGAUGCUCCUUAUGAUGAUGAACAAAUGAAGGAGAUAUUUCAGCUGAUUGUUGGUGCAUUUGAGAAAUUGUUUGAUACUUCUAGUUGUUCAUAUGCUAAGAGAGUUUCGGUACUUGAAACCGUCGCAAAGGUUCGAUCAUGUGUUGUAAUGCUGGACCUUGAAUGUGAUGCUCUGAUUCUUGAGAUGUUCCAACAUUUCUUGAAAGCCAUAAGGGAUGACCACCCAGAAAAUGUCUUCUCUGCCAUGGAGACAAUUAUGACCCUUGUGUUAGAGGAAAGUGAAGAUAUAUCCGUGGAGCUUCUUUCUCCCCUCUUAGAUAGUGUCAAAAAGGAAAAUAAGGAUGUUUUGCCUAUUGCACAAAAACUUGGGAAGAAAGUAAUUGGAAACUGUGUUGCUAAGCUUAAACCGUACAUGAUUCACGCAGUAGAAUCGUUGGGCAUUUCUUUCAAUGAUUACAGUGACAUUGUGGCCUCUAUAUGCCGUGAGACAUCUGAUGCUGCUGAACACAAUAAAGCCAAUGCAUCAGGCGAACAUCCGGGAGAUGAGAGCAAAUCGUUGGAGAAGGCUGGUGCAGAUGAGCUACCUCAGGAAGCUAAUGAACUCGCACCAGAAGUGACUGGUUCUGGAUCGCAAGAUCCUGCUGUGGAUAAAUCCCCCAAGUCAGUGAUGAGCAAUGGUAAUUCUCAAACUGGAAAUGAUGAUUCUUUGACAGAUCCAAGUUCCCCAAAAAAGAAGCCUGAACGUCCCCGUCGUACUAAUCAAUCCAAAAGUACUGAUGGAGCAGUGAAGAUUGAACCUGAUAGUUUGGAAUCUGAGAAGGUAGUCAAACCAGAAACAAAGCCAGAUCAAGCUACGAAGAAAGCAAGGGGUAGGAAACCUAAUUCUUUGAUGACUUCUACAGAAGGUUCUGACCAUUCUCGGAUUGGUCAUGAGAAAGAAUCUGUAGAGCUGCCUGAUCGGAGGAAGAGUCGCACAAAGGAAGCUGAUAGUGCAACUUCUGAAGGCCCUUCUACCAAGAGCAUAGCUGUGUCAUCUGAACCAGAGAAGGAGAGUCAGGCACAGGCUUCCUCUCCAGCAGCGUCACCUAGUGAGGCUAUAAAUGUUGCUUCAUCACCAAUUCAGACCAAUACUAAUGAAACGCGCUCUAGGAAGGGACGCCGGGUUCCAAAGAAGAAAGGAAGCAGAAACCAAAAAGCUGAACCUGGUUCGCCACCAAAGGGAGCUUCAUUGAGUGAUCAUGGUGAAGAUGAAGCUACUCCUUCUGCAGCCAAAAAGGAUUUGGAGGGCAUGAGUGAAUCUGAAGCUAAACCACAUAAGCGCACAGGGAAAAAAGCACUUUCUGGGAAUGCCAAUGAGAAAACAUCAACUCCAGUUGAUAUUGUCUCAAAGAAGGAAGCUGGAGCCACAAGUGAUUCAGAUGUUAAGUCGCUGAGGAAGUCUGGUAAGAAGGUAGAUGUAAAAAUUUCCAAUGAGGAUGAAUCAUCAGGAAAACAACAGGGGGUUAAAAAUAAGCGGGCCAGGGGCAAAUCUGUAUCUGACAAGGAUGUUGAAGAAUCAAGUAAGAAGGUUUUAGCUUCUUCACCAAAGUCUGCAACAAAGGCAUCAAAUAAAGAUGAAAGUCAAGUUGAAGACACCCCAAAGAUACCUUCUAAGAGGAAACGUACUCCCGGGAAGGAAGAGUCUUCUGAAACGCAGCAUGGUGCUAUAGAAUAUGGUGAGAAUCUGGUUGGUUCCAAGAUUAAGGUUUUUUGGCCACAAGAUCGUAUGUUCUAUGAAGGUAACAUAACAUUUUUUGACGCUGUUAAAAUGAAACAUAAGGUUUCUUACAAUGAUGGGGAUGUGGAAGUAUUGAAUCUUAGUAGACAGACGUGGGAGUUUAUUAAAGAAGAUGAUGUGGCAGGGGGAGAAGAAACUGAUCUUCCAAGUCCUGAUGCUUCUUCUGACAUGCACAGAAAGAAGAAAGCAAAAACAAAUUCAGAUUCAGCAACCAAGCAAGGAGUGAUGGAUGCUUCUGCUAAAAGGGGUGGAGGAGUUUCGACCAGCAAAUCAAGAAGUGAAGCUACAAAAUCUGGUGGUAAAUCCAAAGAUGUUAAACACAGCAGCAAAUCCAAAGAUGACAGCCUUAAAACUGUCAACAAAUCCAAAGUUGAAACCCCUAAAACUGGUAGCAUGUCGAAAGAUGCCCUGAAAUCAGGGAGCAAAUCCAAGGAUGACACUUCCAAGAUUAAGUCCAAGGAAGAGACAACCAAAAGAAGCACCAAGGCUAAGGGUGAAACCCCAAAAACUGGUGGCAAAACCACCAGUGCGAAUGGCACGGCUGCCAAGGGGAAAUCCAAUUCAUCGAAGCUACAAGAAAAUGAGGAUUUCGUGAAAGGGAAAUCAGAUUCUGCAAAAGCACAAGAAAGUGAGACAAAAAGUGGGAAGAAGCGACGGAUGAGAGUCAAUGGCUGAUGAUGUAACUUAGUCUGAUCUGAUUCUUGAGGAGGGAAACCGAUUAUCCUGUCUCCAGUGUUUUCCUAAGGUAAAUAUAAUUAUAUUAGCUUCCAGUCAUAGAAAUACAUCUCUCCACUGCUGCUUCGGUGCACUAGUUGAAGGUGCCAUGUAUCUGGUACUUUGGAAUGUUUGGUAUAUUCCCAUGCUGCAGUCAGAGGCAUUGGAUUCUAUUUUGUAGGUGGAGGGAUGAUUCAAGGUUUGAGGGUUUCUUGUCUCUAGAGAGAGAGAGUAUGGGGGGGUUUGUCUUGUAGUGACGUAGAGCCUUUAUUAAAUUACUUUUUGCAGUUGGUGUACAAGUUAAACCAACAAUGGUGGUUGCUAGCUCUUUUACAUAGCAUAAAAGAAUUAUGGACCAA